AUGGCAUUGUUCCUGGCGGAGAUGUCGCGGCUCCUGCAGGAACAACGCCGUCCGCUACCACCCUUAGUUCCAACACCUCGGACGGGGACAUUGCGUUUACAUGCCGAGAUUCCGAAAUAUUCAGGCUACGCAGAUAGAAAAUCGGUUGCUGAUUUUCUUGACGAAUUGCGUGAAUACCAGGCGGUGUCUGAAAUGUCUGAGGUUGAACUUCUAUCACGCGUACUGCCGAUCGCCCUCACGGGAAGCGCCGCGACAUGGCGUCGGAGACAAUCACCCUUCUCGACGCUACAAGACUUUUCGGAGCAGUUCAAAAAUGAAUUUCUGCCUCCCGAUUACGGCGCGCGAAUGCUCGAUGAGCUUAGGGCGCGCACUCAGCACCGCGACGAGUCCCUAGUCGAGUUUGUUCGGGCGCUCCAAACUCUCUAUGACAGGGCUGACCCUAGUGCGUCCGACUCAGACAAAGUGUCGCGGGCUAUUCGGCAAAGCCACCCGCAGUUUCAUCCCUACCUGCGUGGGCGGGUGUUCCGGAGUUUGGACGAGUUGGCCCAAGCAGCCCACCAGAUCCAGGCGGACAUCCUGGCCGAACUAAGAUAUCGGCCUCCUCCACCGCCGGAGGCUUGCCUGGAACCGUCCUGCGCUUGGACAGGCACGACCAGGCAAUCCAUGGACGAGCAUGGGUCACGGCCAGUUCUCCCCGGAAGGGUACCCCGAGCGCUGGACCCUUACACCCACGGACUGGGCGAUGGUGCUCAAGUCCGCGAGCAUGGCCGCCAAUACCAAGCCCCAUCCAGAGAGCGAUACCCAAGGGCCACCUCAGCUACUCUCCGCUGCUUCCGGUGCGGAAGUCUCGGCCACUUUCGCCGGGACUGCACCCGGCGGGUUUCAAACGACAAUUCGGGAAACGAGCAGUCUCGGCCCAGCCUCACGAGCAGCCCCGCCGGGGGCCUCCUGUGAUGAGCCCGAUGUUGCAGCACCUGGUGUGGCGCCCGCUCGAGCGCCCGAUGACGCUCCCGCUCCCGGAUUACGCGGCGACGCUCUCGCAGGCGCUCGCGGAGAUGCCCCAGGUCCCGGCGUGGCGCCCGCUCGAGCGCCCGAUGACGCUCCCGCUCACGGAUUAUGCGGUGACGCUCUCGGCGGCGCUCGCGGAGAUGCCUCCGGUAGUACCAGCGCCGGUGCUUUCCCCGAGGCUUCCCACGGAGCGGUUCUCGGUGGCGUCCUGGUCCCCGACGAGACAACUCCGGAGAACAGACGUGACGACAACGGCUGCUCGCAGGAAGUGGCAGCGGCGUGGCCGCCCGUCGUCCACCCACAUGCCAGAAAAAUGGCUGAUGCGACCACACCAGCGCGGCCUUCUGGAAAACCCGUAGACAAGUGUAUGGCCCGUGCGGUCCAACCGGAACCCCGUGCCCACUACCGAACGGUGACCUGGGCGGGUCUACGAGACGUGACAAUCCUCAGCAUUUCAUUGAUCAUGGGAAUCCUAGCGACCAUGGUAUCAUGGGCAUGCCACCUCGACGCAGCAACACCCAUUCCUUCCGACGCUCUCGGAGCCGCUCCCGAUCCCCCCUACGCCCCCAAUUCAACCCACGGGGCCACUCGCGCCGCGCCAGGCGACAUAACCGCCGUCAGCAACCGCCACGCACUGCCGAGGCUGCCACCUGGUGCGUGAUGGAGGCCGGUCGAAUGGUCACAUUCGCGUCCCGGAUGGCCUGGGAACACCAACCUCAAGUGCCACAAGGGACUGCACCAGAAGACGUUCCCCAUCCCUUCCGGCGACGGACACUGACGGAGCGCUGUGCUGCAGAUCUACCCGCCGCCUACGACGAGGAAGAAUAUGCCGACAUCUGUGAACUUUGCCGCGUCCCACUCAUUUCAUGCGAACAACAUCAUCAAGGAGCACUUCACCACGACCGAGAAGACCACCAGCGGGCGCUGGUGCGAGCUGGAUCACGGGCCCUUACACCUGCCGACAUCGAGGCCGCCCUCCUUAUUGUUGGCCGUGCCUGCCCCGAACGCCUGCGCCGAACACUACCCUUACCACCAGAACUGGCGAACAUCAGACUCAGCGACGACGAAAUGUAACCAACUGAUUAGGAAACUCCCUGCCCCCCCCCCCCCCAAGAGGGGGAUGAUGUGGGGAUCGAA